AUGAGCUCGUUGAGCUUGCGGAGCUUAGCUCCUGCGUCAAAGAUCUCGAGAGCCCUUAGAGAUCAACGACGAAACUUCUCCUCGACGAGACCUGCCGCUCGCAUAUUCGGCUCCAAUCCCCUUCGUGCAAAGGCAGCCGAAGGUCCUAUUUCCCAGAAAUACCCAAUUAUUGACCACGAGUACGAUGCCGUUGUUGUCGGUGCAGGAGGUGCUGGUCUGCGAGCCGCUUUCGGUCUGGCGGAAGCUGGCUUCAACACCGCCUGUGUCUCGAAAUUGUUUCCCACUCGAAGCCACACUGUCGCUGCUCAGGGUGGUAUCAAUGCAGCACUCGGAAAUAUGCACAAGGAUGACUGGAGAUGGCACAUGUACGACACCGUGAAGGGAUCGGAUUGGUUAGGUGACCAAGACGCCAUUCACUACAUGACAAGAGAAGCCCCCGCCAGUGUUCGUGAGUUGGAGGGUUACGGUUGCCCCUUCUCUCGUACCGAAGAUGGACUCAUCUACCAGCGUGCCUUUGGUGGACAGUCACAAGAUUUUGGAAAGGGUGGUCAGGCAUACCGAUGCUGCGCUGCCGCCGACCGUACCGGCCACGCUCUUCUACACACUUUGUACGGCCAGUCCCUACGCCACAACACAAACUAUUUCAUUGAAUAUUUCGCAUUGGACCUUUUGAUGGAGGAUGGCGAGUGCCGAGGUAUCAUCGCUUACAACCAGGAGGACGGAACUCUUCACCGAUUCAAGGCUCACCACACUGUGCUCGCUACCGGUGGAUACGGACGUGCUUAUUUCAGCUGCACAUCUGCCCACACCUGUACCGGUGACGGUAUGGCUAUGGUGGCUCGUGCCGGUCUUCCCAACCAGGAUCUUGAGUUCGUUCAGUUCCACCCCACUGGUAUCUACGGUGCUGGUUGCUUGAUUACUGAAGGAUCUCGUGGCGAGGGUGGUAUCUUGCUCAACUCUGAGGGUGAACGUUUCAUGGAACGUUAUGCCCCCACUGCUAAGGAUCUUGCCUCUCGUGAUGUUGUCUCCCGAUCAAUGACCCUCGAAAUCCGUGAAGGUCGUGGUGUUGGUCCUGAGAAGGAUCACAUCUACCUCCAGCUCAGUCAUUUGCCCGCUGAAUUGUUGCACGAACGUCUCCCCGGUAUCUCCGAGACCGCCUCUAUCUUCGCUGGAGUUGAUGUUACCAAGGAGCCAAUUCCUGUUCUUCCUACCGUCCACUACAACAUGGGUGGUAUCCCCACACGUUACACUGGUGAAGUUGUUACUUUGGAUGAGAAUGGCAACGACAAGACUGUUCCUGGUUUGUACGCUUGUGGUGAGGCUGCUUGUGUCUCUGUCCACGGUGCCAACCGUCUUGGUGCCAACUCGCUCCUCGAUUUGAUCGUUUUCGGUCGUGCUGUUUCCCACCGUGUCCGUGACAUUUCUUCUCCCGGCAAGGCUCACAAGCCCCUCGCCUCCGAUGCUGGUGCCCAAGCUAUCAAGGAUCUUGACUUCGUUCGCACAGCAGAUGGUCCCAAGUCUACCCACGAAAUUCGUAAUGCUAUGCAGAAGACUAUGCAGACUGAUGUCAGCGUUUUCCGUACUCAGGAGAGUUUGGACGAGGGUGUCGCCAAGAUCACUCAAGUCGAUGCUAUGUUCGACCAGGUUGGUACCAAGGAUCGCAGCAUGAUCUGGAAUUCCGACUUGGUUGAGACUCUUGAACUCCGUAACUUGUUGACUUGCGCAACCCAAACCGCCCACGCUGCUGCUAACCGCAAGGAAUCUCGUGGUGCCCAUGCCCGUGAAGAUUACCCCGACCGCGACGACGAGAACUGGAUGAAGCACACUCUUACUUACCAGAAGAACCCCCACGGCAAGGUUGACUUGACCUAUCGUGCCGUUCAGGCUCAUACCUUGGAUGAGAAGGAGUGCAAGCCUGUGCCACCCUUCAAGCGUGUAUACUAA